UCGGAUAUUUUGCUACUUCGGUUCGGAUUUCGGUUCGGGUUUUUCGGAUCGGGUUCGGGUGCCACUUCGGAUUUCGGGUAAAAUGCCCACCCCUAUUGGUUAGUGAACUAGACGAACAAAAUAACUUGAUGAGAAACCUGUGCGAGCAAAGCCCAUAUAAUUUUUAGACAAGCCUAAUAAAUUCCGACACGUUCACUUUUUGACAAUAAUGUAAUUGUUUUUUUUUUUACUUUACUAAAACCCUUUUUAACCAUUACACAAAGCCUAGAUAUGAUCGUUGUGACGAGAACCCUAAUAUUUCGGGCACCUUUUAAAGUAGCUAAGCACAAUUGUGUGUACAACACUCAAAAACAUUUAGAUCUAAACCUCUCUAGUUGCAGAAAUGGCGACAGCUUUAGUUUCCAGAUUCACCAAAGGACGUUCAUUGCUUGGAGGUCUUACCAAUGCCUUCUCUGGUUUGAUGAGUUCAUCCACUGGAAUGAUGAGUGGAAGCACCCUCUCUCAGCAUCAGCAGCAGCAACAAAGGACGUUCAUUCAAAUGGGAACGAGACUCAAAGUGGUGGAUAACUCGGGUGCAAAGGAGGUGGUGUGCAUACAAUCUCUAAGGGGAAAGAAAGGAGCAAGACUUGGCGAUAUCAUCAUUUGUUCAGUGAAACAGGGAUUACCAGAAAAAAAGAAAGGGAAAUAUGAUGCCGUACCGAUAGGUAAAAAGUUCAACUGGAAAGAUUUUAUAGGGACAGGUAAAGUGCGCAAAGGGAAUGUCGUCUACGGUGUGGUUGUUCGUGCUAAGAUGCAGAAAGGGCGUGUUGAUGGAAGCCAAGUGUGUUUUGAUGACAACGCCAUCGUUAUUUUGGGAAUUAAGGAACCCAAGAAAAAUUAUUCGGGUGGUUUCUACCAACCGAUUGGUACCCGUGUGUUUGGUCCUGUCCCGCACGAGCUGCGUCUCAGAAAACAGCUCAAGAUCCUUGCUUUGGCUCAGGACCUUGUUUGAGUGAGACUAUACACCACUCUUGCACCAGCUCCUAUUAUUAUUCUCUCUUUAUAUUAUGCUACUUUAUUCCAUUCAGCAUUUAGAUUUCUGUUUGAUUAAUUAAAGGUAAUUUAAUAUUCUUUUAGUCCCCAGCUCUAACGUCUUUCAUGCAAUUAGUUAUUACUUUCUGCUCCCUAGUGAAAAAAAAAACAGACUUGUAAGUGUUACAUGAACCACCCUCUCUAAACCUGCAUUGUUUAUGUUUUAUAGAUCAGUCUAUAGCAUCAUCCCUGUUAGAACAAGAGAACUCUUAAAACAAUAUUUAUCUAUUACAAUAAUAUAUACAUAAAAGGAGAUACAUUAC